AUGACACGGCACGGCAAGAACUGCACGGCCGGCGCCGUGUACACCUACCAUGAGAAGAAGAAGGACACAGCGGCCUCAGGCUACGGGACCCAGAACAUCCGCCUGAGCCGGGACGCUGUGAAGGACUUUGACUGCUGCUGCCUUUCCCUGCAGCCCUGCCACGACCCCGUCGUCACCCCGGACGGCUACCUGUACGAGCGUGAGGCCAUCCUGGAGUAUAUCCUACACCAGAAGAAGGAGAUCGUCCGGCAGAUGAAGGCGUACGAGAAACAGCGGGGCGCACGACGAGAGGAGGAAAAAGAACUGCAGCGGGCCGCGGCCCAGGACCAGGUGCGGGGCUUUCUGGAGAAGGAGGCGGCCAUUGUCAGCCGGCCCCUCAACCCCUUCACGUCCAAGGCUGCCUCCGGGACCGGCCCAGAUGAUGCCAGGCCUGGCCCCAGCGAUGGCCCCGCAAGCAAGGACAAGGACAAGGACAAGGCGCUGCCUAGUUUCUGGAUCCCAUCGCUGACGCCCGAGGCCAAGGCCACCAAGCUGGAGAAGCCUUCCCGCAUCGUGACCUGCCCCAUGUCGGGGAAGCCGCUGCGCAUGUCGGACCUGACGCCCGUGCGCUUCACGCUGCUCGAUGACUCGGUGGACCGCGUGGGGCUUAUCACGCGCAGCGAGCGCUACGUGUGCGCCGUGACCCGCGACAGCUUGAGCAACGCCACGCCCUGCGCCGUGCUGCGGCCCUCCGGGGCCGUGGUCACCCUCGAGUGCGUGGAGAAGCUGAUUCGGAAGGACAUGGUGGACCCGGUGAACGGGGAGAAGCUCACGGACCGCGACAUCAUCGUACUGCAGCGGGGUGGCACGGGCUUCGCCGGCUCCGGGGUGAAGCUGCAGGCUGAGAAGUCACGGCCGGUGAUGCAGGCCUGAAGCACGGGGCCGGCGGGAGAGCGAAUAAAGGCGCUUGG